AAAAUCACUGACAUCUAAAUUUUAGUGAAUUAUUAAGAUAUACUCAAAUGUGUGACUAACUAUAAUAACUGCCUAUAUAUAUAUAAUGUUAAAAUUUUUUCUAGUGAAUGUUUCUAAUAAAAAUGUCAACUGCGGAAAGAAAUCCUCAACAUAUUCAACUUCCGGAAGAUGAACCGCACAUUCGGUUGGAAGUAUUUGUUCGUAUAGAAGCAUAAAGUUAUUCAGCUUGAGCACGUGAAAGUUCAUGGGCAGAAUAGAAAGCCAUGGAGGAGGGACGCUGGGGUAAUACCAUGGCAGGUUUGAGUGGCCAAGGACUACGAAUGGAGCGCUGUUUGCUCAACAAAGAAGAAGUUCUUCUACCAGAGGCAUUUGUUGACCAGACUAACAUCUUUCAGCAUGUUAUGUCUCAAGAAACCUGGGAUAGUGUUUUAACUGAAGAGCAGAGGAAACAUCUUGAAAAGUUUUUACCAUCUUUUCCAAAGGAUAUAGAUGCUGAAGAGAAGAGUAAAACCAUAAGGAGGCUGUUUCUUGGAGAAAAUUUUAAGUUUGGCAACCCUCUCAUGCAGUUUCACCAGAAAGUAAAGGAUGGCUACUUGUCACCUGAUAUUGCCAAGUAUUCAAGACUGUGUCGCAAGUUCAAGUAUCGAGAAUACAAAUUUUCUCAGCAACAGUUUUUCUCAAAGCUCUUGAAAGAGAUUUUAAUAUCUCGCCAGUGUGCCUUGGGGCAAAUUAAUGGGCUGCCUUCAGACCAGCCACUUAAAUUUCAUCAUUCACCUCCAAAAGAUCGUCAUAAAGGGAUCGACUAUCGUGUGAACAAAAACUAUUUAAGAAUUCUGAAAGAGGCUAGAGAAGAAUGUGGAUUGGAAGACACAUCUUCAGAGGAAGAAGACAGCAUCAGUCCUGUACAGAGGAGCAGAAGGCAGUUGUUUAAAUCUUUGGGGCCUAUUCCUUCCCCUGAGCCAACUACACCUAGUGUUGUAGCCACCUUUGCUAGCAAACCGUCCACCCUGAAUGGGGAUCUGUCAGGAACAAAUAACAGCAAGCGACCACGACCAAUCAGCCCCGUGGAGAUCCAGGAGGAGGACUACAGAAUUUUGCUCAAGAACCACAAACGCAAAAAGCUGGAGUCAGCAGAGCUGCCAGAAUUGGAUACACAAACUGUUACUUUGCAGGACAUACUGAUCAGAUGUCAGGCCAACAAGAAGGUCACAAAGUCUCCUACACCAGCUAGUUGUGAGCCUGGCCAUGAAGUCACAACCACAAACACCCCGCAGUCCAAGAAGAAGCAAAGAGUUCGAGAGAAAGGGGAUCGUAAGAUAAAAAAGAAACUGAAGACAGAGAAAGGUCUAGAAACAGCUGAUGCUGCAGAUGUCAGUCUUUCAUUGCCAUCUAACAGCAGCGCUUUAGAUGUCCACACAGCUCUUCUGACCCAUCGUGAUGACGAUGGUGUGCCUGAUUUCCCAUUGCCAGAUACAUUGCCAUCACGUCUAACAAUGGGACAAGCAGACAGUUUCUUCAGUCUACUUCGUGACGUGAUCUGUGAUUUCACUGACAGCAAGGCCACCACUGCUAAGCUGGAAGAACGAGUUCGAGAAUGGCAGGAGUCUCCAGCCAGUGCCCUUAAUUCCUGGGUCCACCAGCAGGAGAACUGGGUGGACUGUGUAGUCUCUGCUCUCAAGUUCCUGUCAGGAGAUGUUCUAGGCCUUAGCAUGGAAAACUUUGUGCCUUUCCUGGACUACAAAGAGCGAGCCCAACAGUGGAAAUGGAUAGGAGCAGGCAGGGACAGCAACCAACAUCUUGCCCCACUGUUUUAUCACUGGAUGAAGCAUAAGGAUGCUGUUUGUUUAGAUGGACUUGGUGCUGGCCAGGGCUCUCCACCACCAGUCAAAAUGAAAACAAAUUUUGUUGUGCGACCAACAACAAAUGCAGAGAAAGCAGCUUUUCGUGAACAGGUGGGCAAGACGUUUGAGAGCCCUCAUCGUGCCUUUACCUACCAGCUUCAUGGUUAUGAGUCUGUGGUGGGGCCAGUGAAAGGAGUCUACAACAAGGAGAGUGCCAUGACCAAGGCACGAGAACAUGCUCUUCUUGUCUCCGAACGUCCAGCCUAUGUCACCAUUCUGACAUUAGUUCGUGAUGCAGCAGCGCGACUUCCUAAUGGAGAGGGGACACGAGGUGACAUUUGUGAGCUGCUGAAAGAUUCACAUUUCCUGGCUCCAGGAGUCACAGAUACACAGAUCAAUACUGUAGUGAGUGGGGCAUUGGAUCGUCUUCACUCUGAGAAAGAUCCAUGUGUCAAAUACGAUGUUAACUCUAAGCUAUGGAUUUAUCUUCACCGCAGCCGGACAGAAGAUGAAUUCGAGCGCAUUCACCAAGCCCAGGGUGCAGCAGCCAAAGCCAAGAAAUCCCUGCAACGCCCUAAAGCCUCAAAGGCAGUGAGUCUUUGUCACUUGGUGAUCAAAGACCAGGUGGCCUCACAGACAAUUGUGGCCUCAGCAAAGACUUCAUUGAGUGAAGGUUGUGCUGCCUCUCCUGCAAGUGGUGACAUAAAGCUGAAGGAUAUUACUUCCCUUGUCUCACAGCCUGUCAGGCAGCUAUCCAACACAUUAUCUGAAACGUCAUUUGCACAGGUCCGUGCCACUAAAUCUGGUAGCAAACAGGGGGCUACAGCUGCAGCACAGAAGGCAGCUGCAGCAGCGAUCGCCGCCGCAUCGACUCAAGCAGCAGCUGCAGCUAUUGCUGCAGCAUCAACACAGCCAGCAAACAUCUCUGCUGGCCAGAUGACCAUGCCUGCAAGUGGGUCACAGGUCAGCACCAUUACCAUUUCUGCAUCUCCAAACAACCACCGGGCAGUCCCUCAGCUCUCAAAGACACAGCAGGCUGUAGCAGGGACUGCUCUUCCUUCUGCCAAGUCACGCCUGCCAACAGUAACAGUGUCUCAAACAGCUGGUUCAAGCAUACUUGGGGCCAAAGGUCAGACAGUUGGAGUUCUACAAGGGCAACAAACCAUAUCUCAGAAUAGUUCUUUGUUGACUUCCAUUGGCAAGCCAACAGCAGGAGGCAUCAGCAAACCACCAGUAGUGACUGUAACUAAACAAGGUCUGGCCUCGGUUUCCAGACAGGUCAGUUUAGCAGAGGUACAACCCGAAGGUUCUGUCGGAGGUGGCAGCAAAGGGACGGCUAAAGGAUCACCCAUCAUUCUCACUCAGGAAGUCACCUCACAGACGUCAAGUCCAGCUGGUGUGUCUCUGCCUUCCACUGCGAAAGUCCUGACUCUGGCACAGUCAGGGAAUGCUGGAGGAGGAAGUGGGGGGGCUGCAGUUGGUGACGGCUCAGUGAUGACUCGGCUUGUGCAGCAACAGGUUGUGUCUGUAGGCAGUUUGCUGGCCUCAGGACAAGCACGUAAUCUGACACAGACCUUGGGGCAACCAAGAAGCACAACACUCAAGAUACAAGGAGGGAGUAUUGUCCAACCCAUCGUGGGUGGGAGCCCAGUGCAGAUCACAGGUAAGCCGCUAGCAACUGCCAAAGGAUUGUUGCAGCUGGGAGGCAAAGGAGGACAGCCACUGGGUGUGAUCCAGACCUCCCAUGGCCAGAUCUCUACUCUUAGUCUUAUUCCACAGGCUCUGGCUACAUCCACAACAGCAGCAGGCACUGUAGCAUCCGGCAGCAAGCUGACGGUCUCAGCCUCUAGCGGUUCCAGUUCUCCUGUUACCUUCACAAUGGUAGGCUCUUCAGCAGCUGGGUCCAACACGCAAUCCAAGCCCACAGUUCUCACUCACGUCUCCUCCACAGGGUCUGGCACCUCUGCACAAGCAAAAGUUGUUUCCCCGUCGCAGGCUGGUAUGGUUGUUACCCAGUUCACCUCAGGGAACAGCAUUUCUCUGCGACCAGGUCUUGCAGGAGCAUCCCAGACUAAAGUGGUGACAGGUCAGGCUGCUGGACUGGUGCCAGCACAGUUUAUUGUGCAACAGGCAACAGGUGGUGGCACAGCACAGACAGGGACUCAGGGAACCCCAAUCAUCGUGAGUCAGGCUAGUGGCAAGGGUGGUCAACAGAACAUACAGGUGGUGCGCACAGUGCUGUCACAACAGGGGGGACUCAAACCAGGGCAGGCAACUAUUCUUAUCUCUCAGCCAGCUCUUCAGCAAGCUGCUGCAGCGGGCACUGUCUUGUCUUCAGCGCAGGUGAUUCAUGCAUCUGGUGGUGUAUCCUCUGCGAAGACUACGGGACGUGGUUCGCCUAAAGGCAAAACACAACCAGUCUACGCUCGCAUCAUCACACCACCUGCUGGCAUGAAACUGACAACAGUAAAUCCCAAUCAGGUGACAGCCAGUAGUAAUGUGAAUGUUCUUCAGACAGUGGGCAAGAUCCUGGCUGGCUUGCCGAGUGCUGUCAGCACAGGUGGCGGAAACACUGCACAGCAGAACAUAGGCACAGUCACCAUCAGUGCUGCAGGGGCGUUGCCGUCUGUAGCUGUAGCCGUCACUCAGGCUCAUCCUGGCAGCCUGCAGUCUUUAGUUCGGACUCAGACAGCUGAUAGUGGAGGAAGUGGCACUGAACCAGGGACAAACUGACAAAAAUAUAGUGAGUAGAAACCUUAGAUGGGGUGACCACUGCUAGCAUGGUGUUGAAGGAAGAACAGAAAUUGUGUGGGUACUAAUGUGAGUUAAUGGAGCAUGCGUGUGUACAUGGUGGAAGAAUUGGUGCUAAUUCUAUAUCUUUGAGAAUGGUGUAAGUUUUUUGUAUUUGUUACUAUCAGAUGUUGCUACUCAUCUGUUUCCAUGGUUACACCCGAUCAGUUUGUGCUCGUUGACAGCACCAGCCUUAUAAAUAAGAGAAUAUCAGAGCCUGAGGUUCAAAGGGCAGCUUCUGUUUCGUGUGAUUUGUACAGUAGUUUUCUAUUUCACCACCAGUUCAGAUGUUUUCACAAUGAUAAUGCAUAUUGUCUGUAAUCUCUGCAUGUUGAUGCACACAUGUGCAUGUUGUAUGGGUUUGUGUGUGUGUUAUGUGCAUGUUAUCCUGUUUGUACGACUGCUUUUUUUCCUGCAAAUACGCAUAGGAUAUUUUGUCGACAUGCGUAUGCAUGUAAGAUUAUGAAUGUAAGUGUAAAUGCAGGGGAUAGCAUGUGAGAGAAUAUUGCUGAAUUGAAAAUAUUCUAAUUCUACAAAUGUUGUAACUUCAGCAUGAUAUUGGCAUCAUGCUGGCCAUGUUCACCUGAAGUUGGUUUUCAAAGAGACAACUCCUCUUUCUCUCAGUUGAAGCACAUUGAGAGACUUCUUGGAUGUUCUCCCUUCUCACCACUGCUGCAGCACUUGGUUACAGUGUUUAUGGUGAGGGUUACAAUAGUUAUACUUUCGCAGUACAGGAGACCUGUGCUUUGUAAGGUGGAAAAGAAAUUUUUAAAGUUUGCAGCCUGUGAAACUGUAACAUUCAUAAAACGAAGUAGAGGGUAAAAAGCAUGAUUAAAAUUAAGCAUAAGGGGAAAAUGGGAAUACUUAAACAUGAGGAAAGCUUGAGAAAAGACAUGGUUUGUCAUUUAAACUUGAGACGAUAACCAGAAAAUCACCUCCCAGCAUCUUCAGCAUGUAAAUAAGGGAAGGGUUGGGGUAAGCAGAACAUACAAGUACCCUGUCAGCAUGAUGGUUUCUGCAAUUAGAUGACAGAUUACAAACUUCCUUUUAUGCAUUCUUGGCAGUUAUUUGUGACAUGCACCAGGAACUAGGUGUUUGAGUGAUCAUUGUUGCAAGGACUGUUUCUUAUCUCCUGGCAAUAACAACAAGAAAAAGUGUUGUCUUGUUGUUUGAGAAAUUCUUUGGGUGAAGGUUUGUCCAUGGUGUGUCAUGCAGAAUUGAUCUUUGAACUCUCUGUGAGAAUACAAGGUGAAAGAGCAAAGAA